UCAAAAUUUGUUAGAAUGGGGUUCCUGAAAGUUGUCUUAGUGGUGGUUGUGAUCAGUGCAUUUGAUCUGCCUAAUGUCUUGGGAAGUUUGAGGUACAGUCAUAGUCCAAGAAGCAUGGGGCCAAAAUCAGAUCCAACUUCCAGAAGUCCUGCCCUUUCUCCUCUAGGGCUCUGGAACCCUUUGCAAGUGGCUUCUCAGUUUCAGAGUCCUUUGGGUCCUGACUCCAAAAGCCUUGCACAGGAGCCUUUUGGCCUUCAGGAGAAGCAGCUGUUGCAGGGUCCAGUGAAGCCUUUGGAUUGGAGGUAUCCCAUCGUUCCAGAGGUGCAGAGCGAGUUGGCGGUGGACUUCCAGUUGAGGCAACCCGUGACUCCCAGUAGCGUAGCGGUUCAAUGUGGCGAGAACCGGGUUCUCGUAGAGGUCCAGCAGGACUUUUUCAGCAAUGGUCAGUUGAUCCAGCCAACUGGUCUGUCUUUAGGUGGAUGUCCUGUUGUUGGUCAGGAUCCUGGGUCAAGAGUGCUCAUCUUGGAGUAUGAAUUACAGGACUGCAACAGCGUGCUGAUGAUGAAUGAGGAUGAGCUUGUCUACACCUUCUCUCUUACCUACACCCCUGAGGCGCUUGCAGGUACUCCGAUUACCCGGGCCGAUGGGGCAAUUGUUGGUGUUAAAUGCCAUUAU